AUGGGUCGCUACGAGCUCGAGUAUCCCCGAGAUGCCACCAAUCUCAUCAAGCGUCACGGCGAGCGAGGCAGUUACGCCCUGGAAAAGAUUCACAGCCUCAUAAACUCCGCCCAGAUCCUCCAUGUCUCCUUCAAUCCCCCCGACUCGCCCUUCCCCGUCAUCCUUCCCAUGAUCGGCCAGAUGGGCUCCUUCGACCGCCCCAGCGCCUCCCUCGGCGACCCCCUUGACGUAUACCUCCACGGGUACGUCUCGGCGCGCAUCUUCAAUACCGGGCGCGCGGCAGGGUCUCAGGGCAUGCCCGUGUGCGUAGCAGCUUCACACGUGGAUGGCCUCGUCCUCGCUCUCUCGGCCUUUAAUCAUUCCUACAACUACCGCUCGGCCGUGCUCUUCGGCCACGCCACCAUUGUUGAUGACGAAGAGGAGAAGCUCUUCGCUAUGCAGCUAAUCACCGAUAGCGUCGUGCCAGGCCGCUGGCAGAAUACCCGGCUGCCGCCGACCCGGGCUGAGAUGCAGAGCACCAGCAUCCUGCGCGUGAAGAUUGCGUCUGGCAGCGCCAAGAUUCACGAGGGGAGCGCUGUCGACGAUAAGCAUGACCUUGCCAACGAAGAUGCCCUCAAUAGCAUCUGGACGGGCGUCGUGCCUGUCUAUACUGCCAUGGGAAGCCCUCUGCCGGGGCCGCAUAAUCGGGUCGAGCUGCCUGAAUAUGCGUCUGAGUUUUUAGACCAGUUCAACCAGGAAAGUAAGGAGCACAGUAUUGCUGCGGCUAAGAAGGAAUAG